GCCAAGUUUCACAUAAGAGGUUCUAGCCGUGAUACAUCGAAAUGACAAUGAGUGAGUGAGGAGGAGCUUCGUCGCGGGGCGUGUGUGUCUACUACUGUAUUGUGGUGACUACCCAUGUCCUUCUCAAACGAGGCUCUAGAGAUCGUCGUCUGUCCAUCGCUAUAGAACAAUCUUCUAUGCUUCGAUUCUUCCAGCCCGCCUUUGCCCUUCACCCCUAGCAAGGGUUCUCGGGACUUUAUUUUUCUCGUGGUUUAUAGUCAGUUCAAAUGAUGAUCAGUCAUAUAUGAUCUGCCCUCAGCCCACUCAUUCUCCUUUUUAUCCUACCAGAGAUUGAGAUUGGUGUGCAUCAAGGGGGCAGGCAGCGGCAGUCCGGAAACAGAUGUGUGACUCUCUCUUUCUCUCUCUGGUCUGGAAACAGAACAAGUCUUUUGCUGUAGGUGCAGGGGUCGGAAAGUGGUCAAUAAUCUAAUGGGAUCUCCGAAUGGACGUGGUGUGUGUGUGUGUGUGUGUGUGUGUGUGUGUGUGUGUGUGUGUGUGUGUGUGUCGUGUUGGUACGAGUAUGAUCGAGGCAACCCUCCUCAAAUUCACGCACAGUACCUGCAGGAUCAUCAGAUCUGAGGUAGGAAACCUCCCUGUCGCAGUCUUCCCCUUGAGCUGAGCUCAGCGCUCACUCAUGUCAGUCACGGAGCAUACUGAGUACAGCACAUGGUUGGGAAGCAACCUCAAAAGACGUUGAUACUUCUAGCUUGGUUCUCCCAAGCGAUGACGCUAUGCUCUGUCUCCCAAUCAAUAGUAAGUAAUGCAAUAUCGG